AUGCCACAGCACAUCUUCUCUCCUGGGGAGAGAAUCGUUCUCCGUGCGGUGGACGGCCUACUUUUUCUAAGACCGUCCGGCUCCGACUCCGAACCACUCGUGGUUUUCGCCUUCGGAGACACGAGGGAAGACGUACUGGCAUCCUUACAAGCAACGCGGAACUUGACUUGGGAGGCAAUUGCACAGCAGAGCUACGCAAAGAGUCGCCAAGUUCUAGGGGAACUGAAGCUCUCCGGGUGGAAUCCGACGAUUCAUCAACUCCUUGAGCGCUCGUCGUUGGUGCUCGAUCUUCUUACCAACCGCGAGACUGGGGGGCUGAUCGCAGGCCCGGAUGUCCAUUCUGGGAUUGAAUCAGCUCCUGGCUACGCAGCGGUCUGGGGCAGUGAUGCAGCCUCUGGCGACCUCGAAUUCAUCAAAAAGAAUUGGUCAGCAAUCGCCAGGGCGGCCAAUUUCCUUUUGUUCGUCAGCGAGAAAGAAGAAUUUCCUUCGGUCGAUCUGUGGGAAGAAAGAGACGGAUACCAUCUUUACACUGUGGCGAGCACAAUAGCUGGCCUACGAUCUGCUGCACAUCUCGCGCUCGCUGUUCAGCUCACAGACACGACUCAAAUCGAGCGAUGGAAGACAGCUACCGAAGCCAUUACAGCAAAAGCCGCCAACAGGUUCUGGGACCAGGGUCUCGGGCGAUUUGUGGCCUCCGUGCAAGUGAGCUCGGGCCUACCCAUGGUUGAUAAAGAUCGACCAGAGCUUUCAGCAAAGGUCCAGGAUGGCCGCAAUCGACCGACGACAUCACUUCCUUCCUAUCCGAAUUGGCGCGACGCCGAAACCGAGACUACCAGCAUUCGACAUGAUGUUUCUGUUCUCUCCAUGGCUGUUCCAUCCGCCAUUCUUCCCCUCGACGACCCUCAGGUGGUUAGUUCGGUAGUCGCGUUGAAGGGCGCUCUGUGGAACAAUGUUGUUGGGGGUUACUGUCGUUACGAAGGGGACAGCUACGACGGAGGAAACCCGUGGCCGUUGGCUACGUUGUGGCUGGCCAUUUACAAGGGAGCGCAGGGCAAUCUCAGCGAAAGUAAACAGCUGGUCGAGUGGGUUGCGGCACACACCACGCCUGCUGGCCUUGUGCCUGAAAAAGUUCAUCACGAAACUGGAGAUCCGGUAGCAGCAGUUCCGCUUUCAUAG